AUGCAAAAAAAAAAUAUUCAAGAUGGGAAGCAAAAGGUACUUGGUGCUAACUUUGACACUAAGGGAAAGAGGGAAAUGGUAGCUACUCUGUUUAAAGCAAAUGUUUAA